UAGACAAUAUUUUCUACAAAUGACUAAUUAUUUUUUCUGGUAACACUGGAUGUUUUUUCUUUAUUUUGGUCAUGUCGGCGCUUGGUGUUUGUGCGCGAAGUUUUGUUUGUUUUUAUAAGUAUUCCACCUGUACCGUAUCAACAGUGAGAGCAUAACACAGCUAUGAUAAUUACUGAGCUGAUGCGCCGUUCCAGCUAGCGCCAAGAUGCCAUAUUACUGCACAGUGCCGCGUUGUACAUCGAUGGCCGGUAAAGCCAAGAAUGUAUCGUUUCAUCAAUUUCCAAGAGACGAGGAGCUCGCCAAGCUCUGGAAUCGCAUACUAAAGAGAGGAAAGCCUUACACUAAGUACUCUAAAGUGUGCAGUUUGCAUUUUAAGCCGGAAGAUUAUACUAUAACGAGCGUGGGAAAAAAUAAGGGACAGUGGAGAACCCUCCGGAAGGAUGCCAUCCCAUCACAGAACCUUCCCUCAGAGUCCCCUGUGCCCUACACAAGACAAUCCCCAGGAUGCUGGGUGCCCAGCCAACCUACACUGACGGAUCCAAUGGUGCAACAGCAGAUGGCGCAAGCCAUUUACAUGCAGACGAUGCUCGCAAUGCAAGCCGCCGGUGCGUCCGACUCGGUAGCUGCGAGCGAUCAACCAACUCCAUUGCCGGAAUCAACCAAUCCAAGCCCCUCAAGCAGCUCUCUAUCUGAGAUAGAACUCCUACUACGAAGAGACACAGAACACCCAAAGGAGGUCACCUUUAAAUGCCACGAAUGCUCCAAAUGCUUUAAAGAUCCCGAUGUGUUCAUACUCCACAAAAGGACCCAUAAGAAUAACACCACACAACUCGAAAAAGAAAACUUUAGCACUAAUAUUCAAGACCGUGAAGAAACGCUAAGAGCUAAUCCGAUAUUAGCUAAUUUGCUAAAGUCUAGUAUGAGGCUAGAACCAGAAACGAAUAUGUCAAAUAUAUUGUCAGUUGAGAACCAAAUCAUGGCAGCGUUAGCGUCUAAUAUGGAGGCAUACAUAAGAACAUUAUCAUCUAUGUUAACAGGUCAAGCUAAUAGAGAAACAGAGGAAAAUAAUGAUGAUAAUGAUCAAGAUGGUUCUGAUUAUGAAAAUGAGACAAAAGAUGAAAAUAAAGAAUGUGAAGAUACAGAUGAAGAUAGUAUGUGCAUAGAUACGAAUAAAGAUGAAAAGCCUAUGGACGAAAAUGAUAUAAAAGAUGAAAAUAUACAUGACAGAUUUAAAGUCCAAGUUACGGCGUGUGUAAGUCGAAUAGAAACACCUGUAGACGAGGAUCACGCUUUUUCUAAUGAUGUGAAUGGUACAGAUAAUUCAAUGAAAGAUGAGUGUAAAGACGAAAACCAAAGUGAUGCUGAUGAUAAAAUUAUAACAAAAUUACACGAGGCUUCAAGUAAUUAUGAAAAUUAUGAGAUAGAAAGUAAUGAAAAAAUACACGAAACUUUUAAUAAUCAUGACAAAUAUGGCAUAGAAAGUUCUGACGGAAUAGAGUCUGCGAAAGAUGAGAGGAUUGAAACGCAAAAUUAUGAAAUUGUUCAUGAAAAUUAUGAGAAUUCAAAUGAAACCAAAAUGCUUGAUGAUGAUGAAACAAGCAUAGAAGAAAUGAAAGAAACCAUUGAAAAUCACGUGAAUGCAGAUAAUAACAUAGUUAAUUAUAUUACAACAGAAGAAUUUGAUGAUGAGUAUCUCGUGAGUACAGAUAAUACGGCAAAUAACGGACAUAAGGAGGCUUUUAUAGAUGAUCACAAGCCAAAUGAUGCAAUAAAUGAAAAUGACAGACAAGAUAAAAUGUUCGAAGAUAAUGGUAAGUUAGAUCAGGUUAAUCCUGAAUGUGAUAGUGAUGUAGAUACAGAGUUAAUUAGAAUAGAAUUAGAAACUUGAGGUUUUGAAUUAAAUAUUUUUACUUGUAAAAAUGGCAACAUUAACCACUUUGGUCACUUAGCAAGCAAAGUAUACUGACAAAUGUACAAAGUCCAAGAAUUCGUCGAAUAAUUGAAGAUAUUUUUGAACGAAAUAUUUUUUUUCUUCGAUUUUGUAUUUCUGUUAGUUGGAAUUUCAAAUUUUAAUCAUAGUUUAUCAUGAUUCUUUAUCAUUUCGAUAAAAAAAACUAGUUACAAACAAGAGUUAAGGAUAGUAUCAUAAUUUAGAUCGUACACCCGCCUUACAGACUGCUAAAGAUAAUGUAUAUUUUGAUUAUAACUGGAUUAGUUCUAGCGUUGAGAUGUAACUACUUAUAUUAAGAGGCCGUAGUCGAUUUUGGAGCAAAAAUGUAAAAUUGAUAGAUUUAGUCGUUGAAAUUAUACACGUUUUGUUACGUAAUAUCUAAAUAACAAGUAUUGAUUUCUAUUAGCACGUCUUCUCAUCUUGCCUUUUAAUAAUGAGGUCGCGACCGUGCGUCACCGGUAAUGCAUGAAGAGAAGGGGCAGUUUUUAAAAAUUCAUCAAAAAAUCAUGGUGGUAAAUUAUACAAAUUAAUGUAUAAAAAUAGUUUCAGCAAAUGUUGUAGAUUGUUUAAGUAUCAAAAUUACGUUGAAAUCAAGUCGAUUUUCAGAGAAAUUGUCACUUGUUUUGAAGUAAUUUCUGAAGAAAAUUGAUUUCGUCUAACUUUCAUUUACACUACUUCAAAGUCAUAAUAAUAAAAAUGUAGUCUGAUAAACGUCAAGUACAGGAUAUGUGUAAUACAAAAUUACCAUGUUUAGCCGUUCAAACUUUACGAAAUUUACAAAUAAGAGCGACAAAAUCAGUGCUUUACGCGCGUUUACCUAAACGUCCAUCAGAAAAGCAAACAUUACUAAUUUAGUGAGUCUGUUUUCAAAAAAUUGAUCUGAUAAAAGGUAAGAUAAGAAGACGUGCUAAUAGAAACCAGGACUUGUUAUUUCAAUUAGGUAACAAAAGUUGUAAAAUUUCACGGACUAAAUCUAUCAAUUUUACAUUUUUGCGACUAAAAUCGACACCGGCCUCUUAAGAUUUUGCGGGUGUCCCCAUUCAUUUCCAUUAUUUAGCUUUGGCUGUAGGCCGAGCACAUGAUUGGCGCGACAAUAUCUCGCCGCGAGAUAGACUACCCGUCUUUUAUUAACUGGAUGAAUUAAAGAGGGACGGGUAGUCUAUGUCGCGGCGAGAUACUCUCGCGCCAAUCAUGUGCUAGCCCGGCUGGUUGUAUAAAUAAAUAAACGUUUUAAGGGUACCUCCAAAUACAUUAUGUUAAUUUGUGACAAUUUUGAACGCAAUUUGAGGCUUGAAAAUAAUAAUAUCUUCAAAUGUACUUAGACACAAAGAAGCUUUCUAUGUUUACCUAAUGUUUAUUCGUGUAAAAAUCGUGUUCAUAAAUUGAAAAAAAUAAUUAAAUCGUAAUUUUAAGUUUAACCCAAGGGACUAAAAUAGCGCGUGGUUGCUUUAUGGCGGCAUUAUACUAUGAAAACGUAAUUUAGUGUAUAUAUUAAUAUUGCUUAUAAGAAAGAUCGGACAGAAUCAUAUAAAUCAUGUCAUUAUCAUCAAUUAACUGAUCUCAUAACUAUGGUUUAAAUGUACCUAUUCACCGCAAAAUGUUUUGAUUUUUCUAGUUUUCUGAUAUGAUUUGAUUUAACAGGUGCUUCCAUAUGAAUUUUGAUGGUUGACACAGUUUAUCCUAUUUUAAUAAAUCUGUCUAAGUAGUUAUGCAGUCACAUUUACAUAAAUACCACAGUUAAGGGUCUCCGGCAAUCUCGGUUCUCCAUACAAACGUAGUUACGCUCUCAUUUUAAAACGACUAGCUUGAUUGCUCUGAAACUUUGUACUUACAAUAGGAUAAGGCAUAUCUAGGUCUGUAAUUAGUUUAUGUAGCUUCAGAUACCAUAGUAAAUAAAUACAGCGAAUUUAUGUUUUUCAUACAAAACUUGUUUUUGCUCUAUUUCGUUUGUUUUAUAAACUGGAUCUAUAUAAACUAAUUACAGACCUAGAUAUACCGCUUCUCAUUGUAUGUGCAAAGUUUCAUUACAAUCCAACAAGUAGUUUUAAAAUGAGAACGAAACUGCGUUUGUAUGGGAAGGUGAAAUGCGGCCGAGCUUGCCGGGGACUCUUAAGGAUAUCAAACCGAAUAUAUGUCAUUUGAUGUAUUGUGAUAAAAUUAAUGACCAAUCAAAUCAAUAAUCGAUGAUUCCAAGAUGAUGCCUAAUCAACUUUAGUUGUUUCAAUUCUGAAAAUAAUAAUUGUAAAGCUUAUUUUUUACAAACAAAUUAACGUGGGCGGGCGUUCAUCCUCACACCCUAGCACCUAAAUGGUCGCGUACUGUGCGGUUUAAGAGGAAUUUCCUCCCGCGUACGCUUCGGCUGUGGAAUGAGCUCCCUGCCGAGGUUUUCCCGAGGGGCUACAGUAUGGGGUACUUCAAAAAAGGAGUGUACAGGCUUUUAAAGGGUCGGCAACGCGCGUGUUAUAUCUCCGGUGUUGCAGGCGUCUAUAGGCUACGGUAACUGCUUACCAUCAGGCGGGCCGUAUGCUUGUUUGCCACCGUCGUGGUAUAUAAAAAAAAACAAUAUAAAAAUGUCUCAAGGUGAUAAGUUUUGUUAUAAUGUCUAUUUUAUUGAUCGAUUGUUUAUAAUAAAAUCGUAAAGAGGGUGGCUACCUCUAAUAAAAACAAAUUAAUAGAGUUAGACCAAGAUAAGUCUGCGAGAAUUUCGAUAGCACACGCGGUGCAAGUGUUAUUUUGAUAGCACACGCGGUGCAAGUGUUAUUUUAAACGUCAAACGUCUAUGAAAUUAUGACGUAUAAAUAACACUCGCACUGCGUGUGCUAUCAAAAUCGUUGCAGAUUUAAUUUGGUCUAACUCUAAAAAACUACGGAACUGUAAUUAAAUCAUGUCAGAAAACUGUCAAGUGUAUAAUUGAGAAGCAUUAUUGAAAACAUAAGACUGUAUUACAUAAAGACUGGUACCCACCGAUUUACAAAUUCAUAAUUGUCUAACUUACUUUUAAGUAUACAUAUUUUACCGUUCAAAUUUAAAAGACCUUUAACUUUAACACACGCGUUGGACUUCCGGUUCGAGCGCCAUCUUGAUAGUUAGCAUCGUGAUUAAUUACUUUGUUUUUUGCUCAUUAAUAUUGUUUAAAGUGUAAUAUCGAUAGCUUAUUAUACAUUAAACUAAUGUGGUAGUGUGCAGUAAAUGGAGAAUUAAUUUUGAAGCGCGUUUAACCACCAUCUUGGAGUCAACGGCCGGUAGUCCAUGUGCUUCUGUAAAGUCUAGCUAUCGAUUUACAAGAGCUAACAAAUCACCGUACACUGUCUUGUACAACCGUACAAUUUUUGUCGUUUUUAAACCUCUUAAUACCUUGAUACUGGCGAAAUAGUCCCACUGGGCUGAAGCCAUAAUUUUAAAAGAAGAAGAAGAAACACACGCGUUAACAUCAUUGGUAGAAGCGAGCCAAUAUCAACUUUAAUACAUAGGUUGCUUUGACAGCGUACGCCAUAAGUGAUCUGAGGGCCU